AUGAACUGCUGGAUGACAUCAAUCUCGAUGACAUCGAAGCAGCUCUCCGGGAGGCGCACGCGCAAGAGGCAAUGCAACCUCCAGCCACGCGACCACCUCGCUACAGACCCAAUGGGAGUGUUAGCCGACUACGCUGAGGCCAAGGAGCGAACUCGGCUGCGUCGUCAGGCGAACGCCGAAGCACACCGACUCCAGAUGAAGGACAAGGCUAUAACGGUCAAGCCAUCGAACAGUCGCGCUGACGAAGACGAGGAGAAAGACGACUCUGAUGACGACAAGAAGCCCAAAGAAGUGAGUGCCAAACCGCACUGCUUCCGUUACGACUUGGACCCAGAUGACCCAGAGUUCAUCCGUUUGUACAGGGAGAGGAGAAUGCAAGAGCUGCUUGCCAGCCAGAGGAAAACGUUUGGUUUCUUCAAGAGCAUCACAGCCAGUCAGUUCUCAGAUGAGAUCGACCGUGAGGUGGAAUCAGGCGCUUUCGUGGUCAUCCACCUCCAUCAGAAGUAUUUGGCAAUGUCGGUGCGCAUGAACUACGUGCUGCAAAAGCUUGCACAAAAGUUCCUCUACGUCAAGUUUCUUAGGAUCAUUGCCACCGACGCCGAUGCCCAGUAUGACGACUACGCCUUGCCCACACUUCUCAUCUACAAGAAUGGGGAUUUGGUCACAUCUCUGAUACGAGUCACUGAUGAACUACCGGACAACUGGGACCAGGACGAUGUCGAAGUGCUGAUGGCCAAGUAUGGAGUCCUGCACUCGAAGAUUGUCGCUACAAGCAAUCGCUCCGAUGCUGCAUCUUCUGACUAG